GACUAGAGACUGCCAAACCCUAAUGCCGUAAUUAUUUCCCUCGCUUAUAAUCUGCAUAAGAUUUAAACACUGUUUCGGUUUGAAUUUGCACGAAAGAUUGUUCCCGGAGAAGAAGUUGAAGCCGCUGCAAGUGUAGAAGCUGAGAGAGAGUGAGAGACAAAGAACAGUUGAGAUGGAAGAGUUGUUGGUGACGCCGGGAGAAGUGUUGGGAUCGGCUUUGGACUACAAAGCUGGGAGAGGGGCUUACCUUUCAGCACAGCAUAAGAUUGUGUGCGCCUCCAUCACUGGAGUCCGCUCCUUCGUACCUCCUCCUUCCGACUCUUCAGACCAGAGACUGACUGUGGAGGUUACUGGACAUAAGGCUCAUGGACCUGUUCCUCAGCCAGGCGCAGUUGUUAUAGCCAGAGUUACUAAGGUGAUGGCUAGGAUGGCUUCAGCAGAUAUAAUGUGUGUUGGUUUCCAGGCUGUUCGUGAAAAAUUCACUGGUAUCAUCAGGCAACAGGAUGUUAGAGCAACUGAGAUUGACAAAGUCGAUAUGCAUUUAUCCUUUCGCCCGGGUGACAUUGUUAGAGCUUUGGUGUUAUCACUUGGAGAUGCACGUGCAUAUUAUCUAUCAACUGCAAAGAAUGAGCUGGGUGUUGUAUCUGCAGAAAGUGUAGCUGGUGCUACCAUGGUUCCGAUAAGUUGGACAGAGAUGCAGUGCCCCCUGACAGGCCAAGUUGAACAGAGAAAGGUUGCUAAGGUUGAAGCUUGACUAACUAAUUGAAGACUGGAGUAGCUGCUGUCUUGUGAUUUGAUUAUUAUUGAAGCUGGAGAAUUGCGCAGUGUUAUCCCAGACCUCUAAUGUUGUCAAUGGAAGGUCCUGAUUUAAGAUUAAGGAUGGUAGAUUUGGGUCUUUACAUGGGAAGAAUGACACUGAAAGUCUGAAAUACUGAAUAUGAGCUGGCUUUUCAUAGGGAUUGUACAAUAUUUUAAACUUAAACAUACAAACCUAUUAGUCCUAAAAAUACGAACAAAAAUCAGAAUGUAAUAUGAACAUAAUGUUUUUAGAUUUAGAAAAUAUGUUUUACUAUAUCUAGAAAAGAGGUAGUUUUUCA